AUGGUGUACAAAUACUACCCGAUAACAGGAAUAGCUGCAGGAAAGGGUCCCAAUGGCGAGGUUCCCCAGCGGCAGGAAAUCGACGCCUGGAGCUCCAAGCCCGAGAACAGGACGCAGGUGGUUCUGUUUGUCAAGGCGUUGAAGCGCUUGCAAGAGGUCCCACCGGAAAACCGUGACUCGUUCUUCCAGAUCGCAGGGAUCCAUGGCAUGCCAUUUACCUCAUGGGAUGAGCCGCAUGUCACGCUGGAGGAGGCCGACAAGAAAGGCUACUGUACUCAUGCGAACUAUCUGUUUCCGUCGUGGCAUCGACCUUAUUUGCUACUUUACGAGCAAAGAAUAUACGAAAUCAUGGUGGACGAGAUUAUCCCAAGCUAUCCGGAGAAGGACAGGGCGCCUCUUCGCGCUGCGGCCGACACCUGGAGGCUCCCCUAUUGGGAUUGGGCCGUGAAUCCCAAGGUGCCGUGGCUGGCAGCAGAGCCUGAGCUCCAGGUGUCGCUUCUUGGGAAAUUGGAAACACUGCAGAACCCUCUGUAUCAGUUUCGCAUGCCCGAUGGUAAGGCAAUGGAAGCUCAUGGCGUUGGAGACGUCAAGGCCAUGGGGGAAGAGACUGUAUACUCGUAUGGAAAAUGCCUGGCAACCAGCCGGUGCCCGACGGAGGAGCAAGCCCAGGCCGACAGCAAAGACUGGAUCCAAGGAGUUGUCAAUAACGAAGGGGUUGAAAAAUUCAUGGUUCUGCACAGCGCAGUCGAUGGGAAAAACUAUGGUGCAGCCGCAGAGUUAGUGUACCGUCUGCUCACCUACCCCAUUGACUAUCAGGAAUUUGCAACGACGGCGGUCGACAAGACAGAACCAAAGAUUUCAGCCGACGUCAACAUCGAGUUCAUCCAUAACAACAUUCACUGGUGGGCAGGAGGCGACGGAGGCCACAUGUCGCAAAUUCCGGUCGCGACAUUUGACCCGAUUUUCUGGCUUCAUCACUGCAAUAUCGAUCGAAUCUUCGCCAUGUGGCAGGAGUUGAACCCAGACAAAUUCUUCACAGAAGGUUAUCAGGGAGAUUUUGACCAGAAGGUGAUCGGUCUACCGCAGACGGUCACACCAACAACGCCGCUUCGACCGUUUCAUAAGGAUACGGAAGGCAAUUACUGGAAUUCGGAAGAGGUUCGCGACUUUCGAGCCCUCGGAUAUACCUAUCCUGACCUAGACCCCGUGAAACCCGGAUCCCAAGCCGGCGUGGCCUUCGACGCCGAUGCUUAUAAAACCAGGCUGUUUGAAGGUAUCACGAAGAAGUACGGUGUUUCCCGUCUGGAGGCCCUUACCCAACUGGAACUCGCGAAGAACGGAGUUGGGAAGCCGCUAGUGGAAGGUAUGCGCGAGGUUGACGGAGGUGUUGCUGGGAACGAUUUUGCCAUCAGUAUCCGUUACUCCAAGUUCGCUUUCGGUGGACGGCCUUUCAAUAUCGAGAUCUACCUGGAGCCUGCAGAUGGCAGUGGCCGCCAUUUCACGCCCGACGAAUACGUGACCAACGUGUACAACUUCAGUACACCAGGAACGGUAAACGGGCAGGAAGUUUGCAGCAAUUGCACGGACUUGCAGCAACGCGACGUUCGACUGACCGCAUAUGUUCCCAUCACACCGAUCUUGAACCGCUUGAUCCUCGAGGACCGGUUGGCAUCUUUGAAGAAAGACGACGUUGAAGCCGUUUUGAAGCGACUUUAUUGGCAGGUGACGAUGGCUGGUCGCCCAGUCCCGGAAGAUCAGUGGACAGCAUUGAACCUGCAGGUCCUUGUGUCCAUGGCAGAGGUGUCUCACAGCAAGGAUCCGCAAAAGCCCUCGAAGCCGGAUGCGGAGCCAGAGGUUCUGCCGAACGUCGGGCAGCCAGAUCCCCCGCAGCCAUUGCAACCGCCACAACCUCCUCAGCAGCCAGAUCCGCCUCAAGAGCCCGAACCUCCACAGCAGCCAGAGCCUCCGCAGCCUCCGCAACAGCCGGAACCUCCCAAAGCACCCGGUGUAACAGCUGGAGAAUUCUUGAAGCUAGAGCAGGAGGUAGGAGUCGGCGGAUCCAUCGUCGUCGAGUCGCAAACCUUCGACUUGACCGAGCCGGCACGGAGGGAUCUGAAUCGUGUCGUGUUCAUCAGCUUCGACGACAGCGCAGAGGAAUUGGAUGACGAUAAUUUCGACGGCGUUGCUAGCGUAAACAUUGUCAGAAAGCUCCGCGAAAUCCAAAUCCAAACAAAGCCCGCAAACGAAGGCUGGGUCACUCAUGCACUCAUACCAUUCCCGAGCUGGCUGCAGGCACCAAGUCUCAAGAUUCAGGUUGACGUCAAGGAGGGCACUUAUGAGAUAUACCUGAACGGCAACCAUCUCUACUCUCUUGCAAAGCAAUUUGGCAAUAAGGGCAUCACACACGUUCAGUAUGAGGCUGAGAUAGACCCACCAGCUCUCGCCGGAGAAUUGAGUGUGACUAGGCUCUAG